AUGCCCGGCCUGCUGAUUGAGGCCUGGAGAGGCGCGAAGAGCCCACCUCAGUGCCACCGCUGCCAGGCAUUUGGCCACUCCUCGGCCAAUUGUCACAGGCAACAGAAGUGUGUUCGUUGCGCCGGCGAACACCUGGCACGGGACUGCCCGAGACCACUAUCAGAUCCACCGACGUGCGCAAACUGUGCAAAGGCGCACACAGCAAAGGACCGGAGGUGCCCGGUCUUCAAGAAAGAAGCACGAAGGAGGGGCAUUAACGUGCCCGCCCCUCGCCCGAACGGACCGAGAGCACAGCCAAAGGGGGACAGGGAGCGUGUCCCCCCGGUAGCACCUAAGCAGGUGGUCGGUCGCCCUAUCGUCGCAGAACCUAGAGCGACGAUAGUAGUCGACCAGCGAACAAAGCAGCCACCCCCUGUGAAGAAAACCACGGAGGUGCGAGCUAAGCUUGCGCCCCCAACAACUCUGGCGCCUCCAGCCAACCAGCCGACGGCCAGGGACCAACCUCUAAAGGCGCCUAGCAAAAAGAGGAAGAGGAAGAGGGCAGCUAGGCCACCCAGGACUGAGCCUGCGGCGGCAUCGACGCCGCAGCCCAGGAAGGCAGCGACGGAGCCAAAGUCCGCUCCGGCUGCCGCCACGCGGUCGGUGGGGGUGCGUGUGCAUGCUGGUGAGACGGAGCUGCUGCUGUAUGCCGCCUACAAGCCACCCGGACAGGUUUUCUGCAGCACCGAUGUCCAAUCGCUCAUUGACUCGCCGAUGCCUACACUGAUCGUGGGUGAUCUGAACGCGAAGCACCACGCUUGGGGCUCGCGCGUCAUCACCCAGGCGGGUAGGCACCUGCUCGAGGAUAGUGAACGACAGGGUUACGGUGUGUUGGGUCCAGGAGCGCCGACCCACAUACCGACUAACCCUACGUACCAGCCGGACGUCCUGGACAUCGUGCUGCACCACCGACUAGACGCACCCAUCGAUGUUGAGGACCAGCUGCCGAGCUCGCUCCGAGUGAAACUGAGGAAGAAGCGUAAUCUUCGCCGACUAUGGGCGCGAACGCGCUGCCCGAGGGUGAAGCGUGACCUCAAUAGGAUUGCAGAGGAAGUGUCGCGUGCGCUCGUGGCUCUCGAGGAUGACUACUGGGAGUCAACCAUCGAUCGAGCAUCCGAGCACGACACUACGCUGUACCACCUCUGCAAACAGCUUACCGGACAUGACUCGCCUGUCUACCCGCUCCUAGAUCGAGCGGGUAACAGAAGAUAUUCCGCCAGCGACAGAGCAGAGAUCCUGGCGGAACACUUGGAGGGUCAAUUCACCCCCAACCCACCGGACUUAUCUAAGAUCGAUGUCGUCCAUCAUCACGCGGCGAUCCAGAGUCAAGUGGAGGUAUUCCUGUCGGCCCCAAUCCCGCCGCUCCAGGGAGACGAUUAUAUCUCUCUGUCCGAGCUGCGGAAGGCCGUCUUCCGACUACCGAAGAGGAAGGCGCCAGGCCCCGACGGAAUUACCAACGCCGCGUUGAUGCAGCUACCCAACAACUGCCUCGUAGCGCUCGCGAGUGCUUUUAACGGGAUACUCCGGACCGGACACUUCCCCGAGGCGUGGAAGAGAGGGAAGGUUAUCGCCCUCCCUAAACCCGGGAAGGAUCGUCGCUUCCCGGCAAGCUAUCGGCCUAUCACGCUACUCUCGCACAUCGCCAAGCUGUUCGAGCGUCUGUUGCUGCGGAGACUCGCGCCUCACCUGCCCCUGCGCGAGGAGCAAUUACCGAAGAAGAAGGACAGCCGCUGGGUCACAACGACCCUGGCCCUAUGGGCCUAA